AUGGUGUUUAGCUUUAUUCAUCCCGCGACCUGUGGCUUUGCCAGAGGUAUUGCGUGGGAAAUAUCUAAAAAAAUUGACAACGAUUGGAAAUUUGGCGACAGUGAUACCCGAACGAAGCUCAAGCAAUCUUGCCAACUUACAGAGCGAUUCAGCCGCUUCAAUGCUGUCUUCGCGUCUUGCAAGGAGAACUUCACAAUUGAUUUUAACCGAUUCCGUAAAAUUCUCCCCGACUUGCGGAAAAAAUUUGUAGGAUGGAACCGUAAAAUACACGAACGGAACCAGUAUACCGCAACAUUUAACAGCAAAAGCUGGAAAAAUUUACCCGCAACACAGCAAGUACAGCAUAAGUUCCAAAACUGCCAAGCGUGUCAAGAUCGCUUUGUCACUGUGCAAGCUCUAUUUCCAGUCCAAUCAACGCGAUUCAUUAGCCGCACUCGCUCGGAAGCCUCGUCAAUACUAUCUGUUAUUGACGCAAGUAUACCCCAGCAUGGAAGCUCAAGCGGUUGCAGUAAACGCAAAGCUGUAGAGACUGCCCGUGCAAUAUACCACAAGAUCAACCCAUCCUUUGAAAGCGUAUGUAACAUGCCUUUAUCUGCUGCAUUGGUAAACAUACAGGAGCUAAAUAUUGAAGAGAAAAAGACAAAAAAUGAAAAAAGGAAAGUGCGAAGGAGUCUUUAUAAAAAGUCGAAGCAGGCAACAGAGGCUGAGUGGGCUAAGACGGAUGUUGUCAGGUAAUUGUCGAACACAAUACAAAUAUACAAACAAUAACCAAGUCACGUACUUAUAAUAAAAUAAUAAUAUAUAAUAAAUAUAAUAAAAUAAUAAAUUUAUAAAUAAAUUUUUAAUUUUAAUAAAAUAAAAUAAAAUAAAAUACAUGUAAUAUCAACAUAAUAUUAAUUAAGUAUAGCUAUUAAUUUAAUAAUAACGGUUAUAACUGUAAUUAUUAAAGUCGAAAAUAUUAAUGUUUCAGUACAAAAAUAUUUACUGUAUAUAUGACAAUUGCUAUCAUUUAGAUGUUAUGGGAAUUGACAGUCACUUGCAGCAAGACAGAGAGAAAGAUUGGCCAUGUGCUUUGAAAGCUUCGAGGAAGCAAAACUUCAAAACCAAGUGCAGGUAUCAAGUCAAAAGAAAAGUCCCGUUGGUAAUUUUGAAAAUAUACAAUGGGACAAAGUGAAUGGAGGAAGUGAAUGGCUACACUAACAGUACUGUGAUCAAUUGGUCAGAACUGGCACGACGAUACGAAGUGAAAAACAAGAACGGGGAAUUGGCAAAGAACAAAUAGUUCAAGAAUACAUCAAGUCCCAAGGUGUGGAUGUUUCAAAAUAUAAGAAGAGAGGACAAGCAGAUGAUGGUGGUCGCAUUAGGAAAAGGAUGAGACAAAGUGCUGGUGGGGAGAUCACUGUACCAUGUCCAGUGACAAAUGAGUCAUUGAAGAAGAAAUUAAAUGAAAAAAUACUGUCAGGAGAGUAUAACGUUGGAGAGCUUAUUGUUCCACGACAAGUAAGUUUACUUAAUAAAUACCACAUUUAUAAGUCAUAA